UGUGCACAUAUAAUCGGAGCCGCUGCUGCUCUCGCGCAUGCACAGCACAGCUUUAUAUAGCCAUCUCUGUCUGGCGAACGAUCGUGUGCCAAGUGCCGACGACGAAAGACCAGAGAGAUACAACACACAGAGUCCUUAUUAGUCAGAAGAAAAAUGUCAGAGUGCAGCAGUCUUGACAGGUGAUCUCAGCAUCAGUCAGCCGAUGCCGGAGUUCCUUUCACCGACUGGUAGCGUCGAUUCUUGAGAGUUGGUAAUCAUGCCGAAGAAAUUUGUGGGCGAAAACAGUAAGGCCGUGGUCGCGAGGGCCCGCAAGGCCGCGGCUAAGGAGGCCGAAAAUACGCGAAAGGCCCAGGAAGCCGAGGACAAAGCGUGGCAGGAUGACGACAAACAGCUGCAGAAAAAGAAGCAGAAGCAGGAAGAGAUGGAGAAGAAACGACUGCAGCAAUUGCAGAAGAAAGAGGAAGCCAAGGCACUCCUUGAGAAAGAGCUGUCCUCGAUCAAAAUUGGCGGUAAGCAGCCGGCUGCUAAACUGACUCGCGCCGAAAUUGUAGCGGCUACGGAGAAACGAAAUCAAGUGGCUCAAAAGAAGAAGGAAGACGAGAAACCUAUCGAGGAGAACCUCAACAGGAUAGUGCUCGAGGGAGAGACUGCUCAUGGAAUUGACGAAGCCUUGUCUGUUUUAAGCUCGAAAGAUCCAGAAAUCGAUCGGCAUCCGGAGCGCCGAAUGAAAGCUGCUUACUUGGCUUUCGAGGAACGCAUGAUGCCAAUUCUCAAGGAUCAGAAUCCCACGUUGCGUCUCAGUCAAUUGAAGCAACUCCUCAGGAAAGAAUGGAUGAAGUCUCCCGAGAAUCCUCUUAAUCAAAGGAUUCAGAGCAGCUAAUAUGAGAACUCGAACGAUGUGUGUCACGCGCGAAUGGAUGGAACUUUGUCGUGGAGCGCGUGCUAAUCAAUCACAAAUGAAUGUCCAAACACAAUUUUAUUGCAAAGGAAUAAUUUAUGCUUCGAUGCCGUAGAAUACAUGUCGAGUAUAUAAUAAUAUUAUGUAUAAAAAAAAAUCACAUCUUUGGUACGAUUUGCAUGCGUUUGACGAUUGGUCGCCCUAAUGUUUUAUGUAGAACUCUAAUAGCGUAGGACAGUUCGAAAACCUUGUUAAACGUACACAACCUUAAAGCUAUAAAUUUUUCGUAAAAGCAUACAAAAUAGCGUUACAGUACUGGGAAAGUUAAAAUCUCGUACAAUUACAACGUUAAACACUCGUUGAAAUAGUUGCAAAAUAGCUCUCAACAUGCCAUACACAUGUAACAACAGUUUUUACAAAUUUUUCAUAUGCGAGGAAUGUUUCUCUCGGCAUGAAUCCAAAGUUUUGAAAAUAUCUACUGCUAUUAGUACGAGGGUUGAACUCUCGUUCCGUGUGUACUCUAAUAUACUGACGGAUAUAUGUUCGAUUUGCUUAUUUUGGCACGAUCUCUUUCUCGUUAAACGACUGAUUACACGUCAGAUCACCGGUUUCCAGUUUUACCAGCGUCUCAAGCAUUCCGAAUGAGUUCACCACUUCUUGUUUUUCCACAAGUCGAUGAAGCAAUGGAUCAUGUGAUUCAGCUGUUCCGGACAGUCGGUCAUCGGCAUAUGACCCGCUGCUGGAAUAGCCUCCAGGAAUGCCUUGAUCAUAGUCUGGAAAACGAGGAACGACAAAUUUUAACCGCAACUGCUUUCUCAAAUGAAUGGUUUUAUUGCUUUUUCUUCGGAUUCGUAACGAUGUGACUUGUGUAGAUUUGUGCUGGAUUUCAAAUAAUACUGAGUGAUAUAUAUAUAUAUAUAUAUAUAUAUAUAUAUAUAUAAAAACUGAAUGCCUCUAAUAGAUUGAGACCUAUCCACUAAUGACUGAUGAAAAUAUACGGAUUAAAAUCAUUGCAAAUAGACCAGAUGGUUGUUAUUUUUAAACUUUUACUUUUUCCAACAACUUUUGUAUAUGGUCGUUUUGUUUUCUAACAAUUUUAACAGUUAUUGAAAAUUGAAAUUUACGGCUCGCACUUUUGCCAUGUUGAAGAAACUUUAUUUCAGUAGAUCUUAAGUAAAGUAAAGCACAUGUAUAUACAUGUAAAUUUCUCUUCCAAUAAAUGAAAUCUUUGAUGAAA